UUAAGGGGGCAUACUGCGAUGUAUCAUGUAAAGUCGAUUUAAGCACCCACGUUAGUCGUGCUUACAUAAAGGAAAAAUGUUGCGUUUUUUAACUUUCCACUUAAAGAUGAGUUCUAUCGCUUCGAGAAACUGGACUUAUUUUACAGCAACAUAUAGCAACACUAACUAUAAAUUACCUCCAAAUGUAGAACAAUUUAUUAUGAAGAACACGGAAGUAAGCGACAAUCAUCUCACGCCGCAGAUACGCUUGCGAUUGUUUACUCCACGUUGUCGCUUCUGGUAUGAACGGCCCGAACUAUGGCCCAGCAGCGACCCCUAUUGGGCUAUUUAUUGGCCUGGGGGACAGGCAAUAGCCAGGUAUAUUUUAGAUUAUCCAGAUGUUGUGAAAUGCAAGUCGGUCCUAGAUAUUGGAAGUGGGUGUGGUGCAUCAGCAAUUGCAGCUCAGAUGAGUGGUGCUUCUCAAGUCGUAGCUAAUGAUAUUGAUCCUGUUGCUGAAAUUGCCAUAAGAAUGAACUGCCUGCUAAAUAAUGUCAAGCCCUUUCCUGUCUUCACAAGCAACAUCAUUGGGACACAUCUGAGAAUAUGGGAUCUUAUUCUCCUGGGGGACAUGUUUUAUGAUGAAGAGCUUUCUGAAAGUCUUCAGACCUGGUUGAAGAAAUACAUCUCCGUUCAUGAAACAUUGGUCCUAAUUGGUGACCCUGGAAGACCACAUUUCAUCAGUCACUCCAUUUUCAAACAGCUCCAGAAGGUGGCAGAGUAUGAACUUCCAGAAACAACUAGAGAGCAAAACUAUGGACUAACAAGAAGUUGUGUUUGGAAAUAUCAGCCAUGAUGUAGAAAACGUUCAUUGUUGGUUUGCAAGAGAGUUGAAGAUUCUUUCCAAGUAUGCUGUUUAGGCAUUAUUCCCUUUGAUCUUUUUUUCUCUUUCUUUCUUAUGUGGUUUGGUCAACUUGGAUUUGUUUAUAUGCACUGCAGCAAAUGCAUCCAUUUGGAUACUAUGUUAAAGUGCAGAAUCUUGAAAGUUGGUUCCCAGUGAGAGACCAAUCAUAUCAAACUAAAAACCAUUGUACCUUGAGGUGAGGAUACAUAACACUUUUACACUUUUAUAUAUAGAGAGAAAGAAUAUCUAAUAACCGCAUGAUAAAUUAUAUGAAACAGGCUUCUCUACAGGUUGCUGAGUUCUUGUUCCAUUAGAGACAGGUUCCCUAUCAUAAGGGAAUUUUUCUUUCUUGGCCACGUUCCUUCCUUUACUGUACAUCUUUUGCCUACUGAUUUUCUCAAAGAAUUCGCUAAGCUUCCCACCCAACAUAACAUCUUUUUCUCUAAAACUUAGAAUACCUCCCACCCUUCUACUUCUUUGAAAUCACAAGUAAACAAACUGUAUCUUUACUUAACAAAUUCCUUUGUGUUCUACCUCUCGGUCUGACAUUCUUAGUCUGUGGUUUCUCUACCACUGUAGGGAUUAUAUAGUGACCCCACUAAAACACAUAUGCAGUUUUAGCCUUAAAAUCAAUAACAUGCCCACUGUCAGGAAAUUAGCCUUUGUCAGACCUGUACCACAUAAUCCUAAACCCUCCUCAAUCUCCAAAUUCCAUCCCAUCUCAGUAUAUCCUACCCUUGGUAAAAUCCUUAAACUCAUUUGCAGCCAUCUCACCACUUACCUAUACAAAUACCACUUCCUUUCUCCAAACAGCAUUGCUUUACAGCAGGUAAAAGAACCAUGACUGGUCUUUGGACCUUUAAUGAUGACAUCAUCAUUAAUAUGGCUAAUGAUAACCUCACUGGAGCAGUUUCUAUUGAUCUUAUCCAGGCCUAUGACCUGGUUGACCAUUUCAUCUUACUAACCCACCUGUAAGAUGUUGAUAUAAACUCAGAAAUUACCCAGUGGUUCAAAGAUUUCGUUACUAACUGAUCUUUCACACUUAAGAUUGGUCCCACAUUAUCUAACUGAGCCUUUACUGUCUCAGGAGUAUAUCAUGAAUAAAUUCUGACUCCACUACUAUUCUCAAUUUUUAUAAAUAAACUGCAACUUGAAUUAUCUCCACUUCAACUCCUCCUAUAUGCUGAUGACGUGAUUAUUUUUAGAUCCAACCCUGCUCAUGACAUCAUCCAAACACAUCUUUAGGCUAACCUACUACAACUAAACAAAUGGCUUAGUUAAAAAAAAACUCCUUCUUAAACCUAAAAAAUGUCCACACUGUUUAGCACAUGCAUAUUAAAGACCUAGAAAGCUCAAAUCCGUCACUUCAUUUAGCUAUCUUAGCAUUUGGUUUGAGCAGUCCCUUAACUUCCAACAUCAGAUUCAGAAAGUAAAAUCCAGAGUCAAUUACCUCCUAUUCUGUACUCAAAAUAUAUCUCAUUUCCUCUCACAACCUGCUAGAGCAGCCUUAGGAAAGGUAUCCUGCUUGCACAACUAGAAUACACUCUUCUAUUCACCAAAGACUUAUAAAAAACACUACCCCCAAACAAUCUCUUUCUAAUAAAAUCUGCCAUUUCAUCACCAACCCCCCUUGCCAUAAACAUCAAUGCAACACCUUGGAAAUGGCAGUUUGUUACCUAUUGAAGGCAGAGCCAACCUACUUCUGGGAUCCUUUCUUUUCAUACUGCUACACCAAAACACUCAAUCCACCUCAUUGUGAAACUAACCACAUCCAACGCAUACUACAACAUUAGAAACUAAAACACUGAUGGCCCUACUUUCAUAACUGUUCACUAAACUUCAUUCCACUGACCAUAAUGUCUCUGUUAUUGCUCCUAAACUGUGGGCAUGGUAUUGCACGCUUCUCUUUGCCUACAGUGAAUUUGCAAAACCUAUAUGUCCCUGCAACUGAAUUUCACUUCAGCCAUCUAUCCUCAACCAGAUGUACCACAGGGAUGUAGCUCAACAUCUAGGAGCCUGAACCUUUCUAGUGAACUGCUAUGAAAGUGAACACCAGUUAGUUAUGAUAAGCAGGGACACUGAUUUACAAUUCUCAAAAAUGAAAGGAUAAAACCUGGGAAUUAUAUCACUGAUUUUUUAAACAGAAUUUCUGGUAUUUACCAUAAUUUCAUUAUAAUUUUCUAGUGUAUCUAUUUACAUGUAAAAUUAAAGCAUAUUAUGUGUACAGAACACUCAGUAAAGUAAAUUGACAGUGUUAUAAGUAGCAAAUAUGAGAAGAAAUACAGGAUGUUGUAAAUGAAUGCUCCUGUCUAAAAUGCCAUGAAAAUCUCAUGUUUUCCUUGUACUCAGAUCAAAUUUGGAAUUAACCAUUAUUUUCCCAGAAAAAAUGGGAAAGCAAGGCCCAUAAUCAUAAGCAUCCCUUUUCCUCAGCUGAAUGCCACUUUAUGCCUCAAUAUGGGAUACUGAGGAAAAACAAUAUAAUAACAUCUUAAAGAGGUUUCUGAUGAUAGGAACAAUGAAUGGCUAACCAUAGAAAUCCUUGAAUACUUAAGAAUAGAAAUGUAAUACAAGACACAAGUGAGAGGGCCCACAUAUUUUGCCUCUGUAUAUGCCUUGACCCCCUCAUCAGCAGAGUAUCAAUAUAUGUGAUUCUGAAUCAUAUGAUGUUUGAGCUUACAUUAUAGCUACAGGUAUAAUACAAGCUCAUACAUAUUAUGAGCUUGCAUUAUAGCUACAGCUAUAGCUAACACUGCAUGCAUUUAGUCUUAUGAUAGUUUAUUAUUAAGGUAUGCCCCCUGAAUAAUCAUUUUCUAGAAUGGAGAGGUUGUUCGUGAGAGUUUGAUACCCAAAGAUGGGAAAUGAUUGCAACAUUACUUUCACAAAGCUGUUACGCAACCAGCAUCAUAUAGUGUAGACAUUAGCCUUGAAGUCAGAAGUAUUCUUGUAGCAGCUACAAAAUGUUCUUUACAUUGUAGAAAAAACAUAUAUAACAUGUCUAAGGACUGUUUUUAGCAGUCUAGUAUGUAAAAUAAUGUACCAACAAUAAACAAUAUCAGUACAAGUCAGCAAAUGUAGCUUGUUAACAUGAAGGUGUGUACGAUUAGGGAUCUGUGAAAUUAACCAGUGAGCUAACUGUCCUUUCCAGAAUGAAGAAUAUGAACAGUUUUUCUUCAUAUCUGUGAUUGCAUUGAUUACAGACAGAAUUUUUUUGUCUCUGGAAGCAGAUAUCGGACAUUCAGCAGAUAAUGAUGUUUCUCAGACUGCUUGCAAGUAUUUCAUAAUAAAACUACUUUGACUUGUAGAUGCUGUAUGAUAAAGCUACUUUGGACUUCUUUU